UCUUCACAAAAUGAACUACAACACUGGCGGAGCUACUGUCCUAUACAUAAUAACGCUGGUUCCGUUUGUGUUUCUGGUCACGUGUAUCAUGAUUGCGUGUUGCUGGGACAAGUGUGGAUGUAAAAAGAAAGCAGAGGCUGGACAGGGACCAGUAAUCAAUGACAGACUUUAUUUUGUAAGAGAUGAAGUGAAUGGAUUAUCAAUAUAUGAUCCGCCACAGUCCCCUACAAUUGACCACAACUUUUGUUACCACGAUCCACCUCCUCCUUAUGACGAGGUCCAAGCUUUAAGUAAGGAAAACAUACCCCACACAGCGUUCAUUAAUCCUUUAACUAACCAAGAGUGGGUGUCAGCGAGUUCUAGUGUACACUGGAUAUGAUUUGAUACCAAAACUGUCAAACAGAUUAUAGCAAUACUAUAUUUACAGGUAUUCAUCAGGGAUUGAGAAAUAUCUAGUGUAUUUUAUAUAGGAAAAUAUGUGUCUAUGUUUGUAUUCUAAUUACGCUUUUGUGAAUUUUCAACUAUUUUUCUGUUCAAAAUGUUUCACUAGUAAUACCAAGGGUAUUUUCUAAAAAUGAUACACACUAUAAAGCUCUUUUUUUGAUACCUAAUUGCUAUGUUAAAUCAUGUUAAAAUCAGUAGAAGGAUCAUUUGAUCCAAAGUUCCUUGACAAAAGCUCCGUCCUCUCAAACUUUCAGUGGUGGAAUCAGGCGCCUAGGAAGAUUUAGCUCCCCCUGUAGAAGGCCGGUCACAUACCCCUAUGCAUUAGGUAGACGAAGCAUACCGUAGUGAACCUCAGUUUAAAACACAAAAGCUGAAUAAUUGAGAUAAAACACCCUCCUACGAUUUUUUUUCUUUAUUUCAUGAUCUUGACAAGGAGCACACUGCGGGUGUGAGCAGUGGGCAGGGGAUGCUCACUGCUCCAUGCCACCUGAUCCUACCUCUGAUGUUUUGGAGGUCCAUGUUUGCUCUGCUCUAUUUUGUAUUGCUGUUUGGACUUUGGAGCUUGAAUACUGUUCGUAUAUAUCUCUAUAUAUGUCAUGAAACAAGUUAGCCAAUACUACGACGUAAAAAUUAUGUUUUAUUUGCUUUCAAGGUUAUUAAAACAACCAUAUAUGUUACGAAAACUCAGUAUUUAAUUUUUAAGGAUGUUAAUGGCAUUAUUGCAGCAUUAACAUAUUUGUCAAUAGCCUGCUUUGGUUUAUAAAAUGAUAAUAUUCGGAGACUGCUCUUUAUCAAAAAUCGAUAAGUUGGGAGAUGUAGACACCAGCAGCAGGUGAUAGCGGGAUAUUACUUCAUAUAUUUAAUUCGUUUAUCAUACAACAAUCAUGCAAUUUAAAUGUUAGUUGGUCCUUUUUGUCUAUAGUCAUUAUAAAAUUCUAAUCUAUGUCUGGUAAAGUAAUUCCUUUUGGGUAUUUGCAUGAUUUGGAUACCUGCCAAAACUGAAUUAAAAACCACACAGACAUAUUUAUAUUGAGAAAAACCCUAUAUAGCUUAAUAUCCUUUUAAAAAGGGCUUCAUUGUUCAGCAAAUUGUAAGGAAGAAGUAAUUGAAGGAAAUGUAAAUAUUUUCCCUCGGUAUUUUAUAAGGAAACUUCCGUGAAUUAUGUUUUUUUUUCAACUUGAAAACAACACUUGUUGUUAUGUAAUUGGGAAAGUUAAUUGUCAAAGUGAUAAGAGUCUAUUUAUUAAUCAGAUGGAGAAUAGUAUUUCCCUUUGUUCACCUUAUACCACUCUGUUUGGGUAUAAUUUUGCCAUCAUUCGAUUUUGAUAUUUAAAUAUUUCCUGAUAAACCUCAUCAUAUAUUGAAUAUAUUAUAUAUUCUCUCGUCAUUAGAAAAUAUUUUCCUUGUUGCCAGAAAAAAAUAAUUACGAAUCAGUCAAGGAAAGAAUCUAUCAAAAUAGUUUCAAAACAAUUUAAAUGAACGAAAAGGCGCUUUUAUCAAGGCUUCAUUGUUAUUUUUUUUUAGACUGAUUAUUCAUUUCAA